UCUGAUUUCCUGGGUAUUGUGCAUCACUGGCCGGUGACAGGGGAGCUCCUGUCAGAUUGCGAGAGCCUCCCGGAACUUCCGGGAGAGGUGGGAUGUCUGCUAAACACAGUUUUGUUCGGAGAUUAAGGGAGCCGAAGCGGUGCGAUACCAUGGCGAAUUAUGUGAAUUUCCACUCUCAGCUGGCGUCCAUCAUGGAGGUUUUGGCUAACGCGGCGGUGGCGGAGAUCUGCCAGCUUGUCGACGAUGGGUUCGCCACCCUGCGGCUGGAAAUAUCCAGGACCCAGAGAGAGAACCUGGCUCUCAAGAGCAAACUGCGGCUGAUGGAGGUCCGCUCGGGAGGACGCAGCGCCAGGAGAGCUCCCGUCCCGCCGCUGGUGGUGACUUGUACCCGAAAAGAUCAUCACAUGGGAGAAGAGCUCUCCACCAGUGCAAAAGGAAAUGGAAAGUCCACUGUUUUGGGGAAUGCUGAUUCUCAGUUCUCCAGGUCGGUGGUGGUGGCAGAGCCCCCGGUGGAACCAGAAAUGGUGGUGAUCAAGGAGGAGAGGCUGGAGGACGAGCUGACGGGCUGCAGCAUUCUGGAAGACCGACAGAUGGCUCCGAGUAGCAGCAUUGGGCUUCAGUCUCAUUCUGUUGCUGCAGAGAAGGACCACCAUGUGAAUGUUGAUGUGUCAUUGAACAUGAAGGAAGCAGAAAUACCCAGAAUCAGCCUUUCAGGUCAAUAUGAGGCAGAGGACCUUGCCCAACUUGAAGCUCAGCAGCAGGAUAAGGAGGAGGGGGAGGCCGACAGCCUCAAGAUCCAGCAGCCAGACAGCAGAUACAACGCCUACGAUAAAUACCAUCCACCAGACAUGAACCACGGUUUGGUGACAGGAAGCCCUGGCCCAAAUGGAACCAAAGAAAUCGCAGAAUUGUCUUCCCACACAGAAGAAAACAAAGAUGUGGGUGAUGUGAAUCCAUGUGGUUCUUUAUCUGUGGCAGAGUCCAGUAGCAGUAAGGGGCUUGAUGCAGAGGCUACCUUUAUAAAGACACUGGAUGCAGACAUGUCCCUGGCAAAUGUUGGGAUGAAUGGUUUGUGUGGUACUGUGCCAUCUGUGGUGGCAGACUGGAAAAGAGAAGCAGCUGAGAUGGGUUCAGCUCCUGUUAAAAUGGAGACAGAAAUGCAGCCCUCCUGGACUGAAGGGGCUGCCUUCGGGACAAAUCUACCCUUACUCACCAUCUCUAGAAAAGACAAAGAGGAGCUUCAAAUAAACAAUAGCAAAUUAAUCACCAGUACCAACAACUGUAUUACUGAUAAUAGCAACCUUUCCUCACAGAGUCACCACGGAGAAAGUGAAUCAGCAGAAACCAAGCCCGGUGAGCUGGACAGUGGCGGCUUCGACUCGCCCUCCUUCAACGAUCUGUUCUCCUCCCCAGAGGUGGCUCGAUCUUUGAUCGCUCCUCACAAAGACUCCACAGACAGUGUUGGAGGCAUCGAGGAGCGACUGCCUUCAUCUUCUUUUCCAUUCCUGACCAGCAGGACCCGCUCUGCGAACCCUGCUUGUCCAACAUCCGAUUCUCCAGCUGACUCAAGCCUCAGAAGCCCUUCCUCCGAUUCUCGAAGCAGAGGCUUCCUGAGUAACCCGGAGCGGGUGUUCAGCUGCCAGCAGUGCGGCAGGCUGUUCUCCAACUCCAGAGACCUGGUGGUACACCAGCGAUCCCACGCUGGGGAGAGACUGUUCCACUGCCCUCUCUGCAAGAAGCCCUUCCUCCACCUGCACCAGCUGAAAACCCACCAGCGAGUGCACACCGGGGAGAAACCGUUCAGCUGCACCCAGUGUGGGAAGCGCUUCUCUCAGUCCAGUCACAUAAAGAGACACAUGAGCGUCCACACCGGGGAGAAGCGCUACAGCUGCGGCCUGUGCGGGAAGCGUUUUUCCCAGGCAUGCAGCCUCAAGGUUCACCAGGCCGUCCACACAGGAGAGAGACCCUACAGCUGCACGCAGUGCGGCAAGUGCUUCUCUGUGCUCGGGAACCUGGUGAGGCAUCAGAGUGUUCACAUUGGAAAGUGACGGAACUGAAAAAUGACAGCUGACCAGUGCAGUGACAUGCUGUUUACAUCGCUCCUUUUCAGUAUUAUGAAGUGUAAUGUGUAGAUCAAGUCAGUAGGGGUCCUUGUAAUUUCUGUUAAUAUCAACGGAUGCGUUUAACAAGCUCGGUGAAUAUUGUGCUUUUAAUUUAUUCAUCUUCAUAUUUCCAUAAUAAAUAUGAUCCCUUAAAAUGA